AUGCCCACCGAGACCCCUACCUUUAGUGGUAUGACAUUUGAAGGGUGGUACCAAGAUGCAGCAGUGACCACUGUUUUUAACUUCGAAAAUACAGAAAUCAGAAGUAGUCUAACUGUGUAUGCUAAGUGGAAUGGGCAUUCUUAUUCCACCGUUUUAAAAAAUAGCGAAAAUGGGAUACCUGAUAACCCAAAUUAUAACCAAGCUAAUAGAGCAAUUACUGCUACUGCUAGCUCUGAUGGAAAAAAUGUCUAUGUAAUGAGUAGUAUAUUGGGACUGGAGGUUUUGGUCGUGUUUAAUAGAGAUGCGACUACUGGUACACUCACCCAUUCCACUAAUAUCUUUACGGCAGAUGUAGGUGGAGGGACCGAAAUGAUGGGUGGUAGGGGUAUCACCGUAAGUCCUGAUGGAAAAAAUGUAUAUGUAUCUUUGUUCUCCUCUACUGCUCCUGCACCUGAUGAUGGUGAUGGCUUGGUAGUGUUUAACAGGAAUACGACAACUGGAUCACUCGCCUAUAGCACCGUUUUAAAAGACAACAAGAAUGGUGUGGAUGGAUUGGCUGGUGCAUAUACUAUUACCGUUAGUCCUGAUGGGAAAAAUGUCUAUGUGGCAGGUAGUACAGAUGAUGCCUUGGCAGUGUUUGACAGAGAUACGACAACUGGGGCACUCACCUAUAGCACCAAUUUUAAAGACGGAGUAAAUGGUGUGGACGGAUUGGAAGGGGCAAUCUUUAUUGCGGUGAGCCCUGAUGGGGAAAAUGUCUAUGUGGCAGGUUUUGACGAUGAUGCCUUGGCAGUGUUUAACAGAGAUACGACAACUGGUGCACUCGCCUAUAACGCCGUUUUUAAAGACAAUCAAGGUGAAGUGGACGGAUUGAAUGAAGCAUUUUCUGUCACCGUUAGUCCAGAUGGGAAAAAUGUCUAUGUGGCAGGUUUUGAAGAUGAUGCCUUGGCAGUGUUUAACAGAGAUACAGAAACUGGUGCACUUACCUAUAGUAACGUUUUUAAAAACGGUACUAACGGGGUGGACGGAUUGAAUGGAGCAUUUUCUGUCACCGUUAGUCCAGAUGGGAAAAAUGUUUAUGUGGCAAGUGAUGCAGAUAAUGCCUUAGUUGUGUUUAAAAGAAAUACGACAACUGGUGCACUUACCUAUAGUACCGUUUUUAAAGACGGAGUAAAUGGUGUGGACGGAUUGAAAGAAGCCCAAUUUGUCACCCUUAGCCCCAAUGGAAAAAGUAUCUAUGUGGGAGGUAGAGGAGAUGGUAUUCUGGCAGUGUUUCACAGGAGGUAG